AUGAUGCGUUUUCUCAGUCGACCUCAAGUUAAUGCUAUCCUUAUUUUGGCAACUCCUGUAAUGCUUGUAGUAGCAGAGAGUGGAAGGGGCUACGAGUGUGAGGAAACGUUAUUCAGACAAGCGGAAAUUAACCAAGUGGCUGAAACCAUGAGGGGCCUGAUGAGAUCGAAUCCGAAUGUUCCAUGUUCUGAUAGAAAAAAGCUAAACCUCCCCGAAUGCGUCACAAAUUGGCCUAAACCAGGUUCUGAGCUAAGGCACUCAUUCCCGAUCAAAAAACUCUCCAGAUCACUUGAAUAUGAUGACGCAGGUCCAUAUCGUGUUUUGACUGAUUUAAACGGUAAAGUCUCUACGUUGUUAAUUGUCAAUGAAGGAACAUGGAAAGAUUGUACUCCCGCCCUGAUAUACCCGUAUGGUGAUAAAAUCAGUUAUGAAAUUGACUCAGAGGCCGAAUACAAAAAUGAAAUUGAAAGUUGUAUUAGAAGAUUCCAAAAUAAUUGUGGGUUCAUCCAAAACAAUCGCGCCAAGCUCAGAGAUAAUUGUGGCACAAUCAUAAAUAAUUGCGGUGUAAUCGAAAAUAAUUACGGGCGAGUCGUUAAUAAUUAUGGCAUAAUCGGAAAAAAUAAUGUGGACGAUAGGAGUACUUCCAGAAGUAGAUCCAGAGGUGACUUAAGCCAGGCGGAAAGCGUUGGAACUAGUUCCAGGGACAUGUUUAGACAUUACAGAACCUGGACAAAAAGUAAUCCAAGAGGUAAUUCCGGGAGCCACAAAAGCAGUACCAAAAUCAGCCCAAAUUUUUCUCUACAAAAUCAGGGCGAAUACGGAAGCGAACACCAAAUUGGCUCGAGAAGAAGUUCCAAUAGUCACAACAGAAAUUCUAGAACUAGCCAGGGCAGUUCAAUACAAGACCAACGUGGCUCUAGAGUCGACCCUGACAUCGAUCAUGAAACCAGCUUUCGAAGAAAUCCUGGAGGCAUCCGAGGUAAUUACAGGACUAGCCCGAGAACUUUCAUGGAGAAGCAGGGCGAAUCUGAAAGCGAAUCUGAAAGCGAAUCCGAAGGCGAACCUGAAAUUAGUUCUGGAACGAAUUUAAUUAUUUAG